AUGUCAUCACGUUGAUUUUGUGUCAACAUUUCCGGAAAGACACCACCUCCACAGAUACACCGAUUAAACAUAGAAAUAAAUUACAUAUAGAGCGGAUUUAAAUCUGUAUUUGUUUUCCAAAGAGGACAUAUACCUUUAUAACAGGUAUAUCUAACAGUAAUAUACAUAAAAUAAUUUGUAAUAGUCACGGGUAUCUCGUAUAUCGGCUGAUUUAAGUGCUUAGCUGAGCUUAGCUAAGCUAGCCGAGCUUCAGCUGCAGUCAUGAUGGCGUCCAGCUACAACGCCAAGGAAGAAGACGGACAUCAUCCCGGGGCCUCGGGGGCGACUGGAAACGCCGUCCGGAGUAAAAAACCAGACAACACGGCUUUCAAACAGCAGCGUUUACCGGCCUGGCAGCCCAUCCUGACGGCUGGCACGGUGUUACCGGCGUUCUUCGUUAUCGGGCUGAUCUUCAUUCCGAUCGGUAUCGGGCUUUACGUCACGUCCAACAACAUCAAGGAGUUUGAGAUUGAUUACACAGGGGUCGACGCAUCAAGUCCGUGCUAUAAUUGCUCACAGAGCAGCUGGAACAGCACGACGCCAUGUAAAUGCUCGCUGCCUUUCUCUCUGGAGCAGCCCUUCGAGAGCAAUGUUUUUAUGUAUUAUGGCCUUUCAAACUUCUACCAAAACCAUCGUCGCUACGUGAAAUCCCGAGAUGACAGCCAGCUGAACGGAGACCUCUCGUCUCUGAAGGAUCCGAGUAAAGAAUGCGAGCCGUACCGCAUGAUUGGAAACGCACCCAUUGCCCCUUGUGGUGCUAUUGCGAACAGCAUGUUUAACGACACGCUGGAGUUGAUUUAUCUGGAUCCCAAUGGAACCAGGAACACAAUCCAGAUGAUGAAGAAAGGCAUCGCCUGGUGGACAGAUAAGCACGUGAAGUUCAGAAACCCUGGUGGCAGUAACUCCAACCUCACCGCUGUUUUUCAAAGAACCGCGAAACCAGUCAACUGGCGUAAGCCCGUCUUUGAGCUGGACUCAGACCCCGACAACAACGGCUUCAUUAACGAAGACUUCAUCGUUUGGAUGCGAACAGCCGCCCUGCCGACAUUUCGGAAACUCUACCGCAUCAUCCAGAAGAAGAACAACAUGACGCCGACGCUUCCCAGAGGCAACUACACUCUGGAAGUCACUUACAAUUAUCCUGUGCGCAGCUUCGAUGGGCGAAAGCGCAUGAUCCUCAGCACCAUCUCCUGGAUGGGAGGGAAGAACCCGUUCCUGGGCAUCGCCUACAUCACCGUGGGCUCCGUCUGCUUCUUCCUGGGAGUCGUCCUGCUCUUCAUCCACCACAAAUACGGAAACCGCAACAACAGCUCCGACAUUCCCAACUAGCUUCGCGUAAUCACCCGCAUGCCGUCAACCACACGCAUGAUGAAGACCAACCGCUUAUCAUCUGAGCUAGAGCGAGAGUGUAUUGUGUUUGCAGUAUAGCAUUACGUUUAAGACAGUUGUUGAAUAUGUGUAUUUAUUUUUAAAAAGGAUAAUGAUCUGUAAGUCCUGAUGUUAUUUUGUCAGUAUUUUAGAAUGGCUGAUGGGCGUCGAUCAUCUUAAGUGUAUAUAAUUGAACAGGCUGUGAUAAGUGUGACUUGUUUUGCAAAACCAUUUAGUUGUUUAACUGAAUGAACGACUGUAUAUAAGCUAUAACUGUUAGAGCUCAAUUCCUGACGUGUUGCUGCCUAAAGAAAUCGACAUCCGACAUGCGAUCCAGCAGCUCAACAGCUGUAUUCAACCUGAUGAUGAGCCAUCCAGCAACAGUGUAGAAGUAGAACGCAUUGAGAUGGCUGUAAUUAAUACUCAAGUUUAUAAGCAAUUGGGAUCAAAACUGAUUUACUCCUUACAUGCCUUAUAGACUGCCUUGGCUUCACUCAAAAAUAUCUCAAGCCCAGCGUGCGAGAUUUAGAUUUACUCCUUUGGUGUCUCUUAAUGUUGUAUGUCUCUUUUUUUUUUUUUUUUAAACGGGAGCUUUUGCUUUUAUGGUUAGAUGUUCAUAUGAGAAUCUGUUGCACUCAUGCUCAUGUCAUGUCCAGCUGUUUGCACUUUAAGCUUGGCACAGCUUCCUGUCCUUCAUUUUGGUCACUUAUGGAUGUUUCCAGAGAAAUAAAAUUAAAUUCAAACAAAA